UCUUUACACAACCAAUCGAGUAUUCAAUAUGGAGCAAGCUCCGGAGGACGAUCAACUCUCAGACCUCCCAACAAUAACGAACUGCUCAGCCUUCCCAGUUGUCCUCUACAAAGGCCACUACCUCUUCAAGGACUCCCUCCUCCGUGUCCUCUCGGCCCGUCACCACUUCCAGGCCCGGCCCACCGACAUCCUCCUCGCCUCCCUCCCCAAAUCCGGCACGACGUGGCUGAAAGCCCUGGCAUUCUCCUCUCUCUACCGGACCUCCCUCCCCGACGUCUCCGACCUUCGCCACCCCCUUCGGGUCUCCAACCCCCACCAUAUCGUCCCCUUCAUCGAGACCGGAUCAAAAUUAGAUUUUUCCUCGAUGCCGUCCCCAAGGCUCCUGUCUACGCACCUCCCCUUCGAUUUACUGCCGACCUCCAUUGCGGACUCGGGUUCAAAAAUCAUCUACGUAUGCCGAAACCCGAAAGACAACUUCGUUUCCUCAUGGCAUUUCUGGAACAGAAUCAGAGAGAAGGCAGGGGAGGAGCCGAUCCCACUUGAGGCGAGCUUCGAUCAGUUCUGCGAUGGGGUUAGUGUUAUGGGGCCGUAUUGGAACCAUGUGGUCGGAUACUGGAACGCUAGCAGAGCAAAUGACGCCAAGGUGUUAUUCGUGAAGUAUGAGGAUAUGAUUGCGGAUCCGAUAGGUGAGUUGAAACGGGUUGCGGGUUUUAUGGGGUGUCCGUUUACGGAGGAGGAGGAGGAGAGGGGUGGGGUGGCGGAGGGCAUAGUAAAGCUUUGUGGGUUCGAGAGCUUGAGCAAUUUGGAGGUGAACAGAGAGGGGGUGCUUGAGACUAUGUUGGCGGAUUUGGAAAAUAAGUUUUAUUUCAGGCGGGGAGGUGUUGGGGGUUGGAGGAGUCUUCUUUCGCCGGAGAUGGGUCGACGGCUGGACGAGAUCACGGCGAGCAAGUUUGCGGGUACGGGGCUUUCGGUUUAAAAUAGUUCGCCGGUAUGCGAGUGAAAGUGUUCCGAUAAAUUUUGUAUUCUCUUGUUUCCUGCUGUGCUUCUUUUUGACGUCAAUACUCGUUGGACUAAGGACAAUAGUUAAGUGUUUGGUUGUAUCGAGUUUAAUGAUGUCGUUUCAAUUUUGCGUGCAAAUUUUAUUAUUUUGAGGGGGUGCGAAAGUGAAAAGUAAAAGUGAAAACUAAUUCACCUACAAGGGUGGGUGUUUGUUUUAUUGAAGUGUGUAAGAAAAAAAUAUUUAAAA